CCGACUGAAUUGCACGGAAUCGUUUAGAGUUAGUUAAUUCAACAGUGCGACAUGGAUUUGGCCGGCAAAAAUGUGGUUUACCUUGGCGGAUUCGGCGGCAUAGGCCAGAAAUGUGUGCAAGAACUUCUGCAGCGGCAAAUAAAGUCUCUGGCCAUAUUUGAUUUGGUUGAGAAUGCCGAUGCUUUGGCUGAGUGGAAAAACAAAAAUCCCAACACGGAUAUUUUCUACCAAAAAGUGGACAUCACCCAGAAGUCGAAUAUCGAGGCGGCUUAUAAGGAAACUGCCCAGAGAUUGGGUCACUUUGAUGUGGUGGUCAAUGGCAGUGGACUAAUGAACGAUCGUCUGGUCGAACUGACCAUUCAAAUCAAUCUGCUGGGAGUUAUCAACAGCACUUUGACCGCCUUGGAGUACAUGGACAAGGCCAAAGGUGGAAGAGGUGGACUCAUUGUAAAUAUAUCCUCAGUGGCCGGACUGCAGCCCACGGCUCUAAUGGCCAUUUAUUCGGCGGCCAAGUCAGGUGUUACCACUUUUACCAGGGCAAUGGCUAACCCCAUUUAUUACGCCCACUCUGGCGUUGGCUUUAUUACCAUCUGUCCGGGAUUCACGGAUACUGGACUUUUGGAGGAUAUUGGCAACAAGACGACCUUCACCUACGAAACACCCAUGCUGGCCAUGUUCAACAAGGUUAAACGACAGAAGCCAGAGGACUGCGCCAGCAAUUUGGUUCGGGCCAUCGAGACGGCCAAAAAUGGAGCAGUUCUAAUGCUGGAGACGGGUGAAACUCAAGAGGUGGAUAUGCCAGACAUGUGGAAGCCUCAGUUUGAAAAUUAAUUCUGCAUUGUUAUUGUUUACAUAUAAGUAAUCUCUUACGGUUGGUUGGUCAUUUUAAAAUAAAUGUUAUUUAUAAAUUUAA